CAAGAAGUGAACUUUCACAAACUUGUAAAAAGCCAUCCAUCCCAGUUUCUUCCAGUUCGCCGAUCAAUCAACUGACAUUUAAGGGGUUUAUCAGAUCGAAGUCGCGGAAGAAGAAGAAGAAGAUGUUUCUCACAAGGACCGAGUAUGACAGAGGAGUCAACACUUUCUCUCCUGAAGGCAGGUUGUUCCAAGUUGAGUAUGCCAUUGAAGCUAUCAAGCUUGGUUCUACUGCAAUUGGAGUCAAGACAAAUGAAGGAGUUGUGCUUGCUGUCGAGAAGCGUAUCACCUCUCCUUUGCUGGAGCCGAGCAGUGUGGAGAAGAUUAUGGAGAUUGAUGACCAUAUUGGUUGUGCCAUGAGCGGUUUAAUUGCUGAUGCACGUACACUUGUUGAGCAUGCAAGAGUUGAAACUCAAAACCACAGAUUCUCGUAUGGUGAGCCAAUGACUGUAGAGUCCACAACGCAAGCGCUGUGUGAUCUGGCUUUACGGUUUGGUGAAGGAGAUGAAGAAUCAAUGUCUCGCCCAUUUGGAGUAUCUCUUCUCAUUGCUGGUCAUGAUGAAAACGGACCAAGCUUGUACUACACGGACCCAUCAGGAACAUUCUGGCAGUGCAACGCAAAGGCCAUUGGCUCAGGCUCAGAAGGAGCUGAUAGUUCUCUUCAAGAGCAAUUCAACAAAGAUCUGUCACUCAGUGAAGCUGAGACGAUCGCGGUGUCUAUCCUCAAGCAAGUUAUGGAAGAAAAGGUGACUCCGAAUAAUGUGGACAUUGCCAAGGUAGCUCCAGCUUACCAUCUCUACACUCCAGAAGAAGUUGAAGCAGUCAUUAGUCGUCUUUGAGGAUGAUGAUACUCUCAAUACGAGUGAUGUGUUUAUCCGCCUUGUUCUAGUUCGGAUUUUGAAACAAAGACUUUCUUUCACUUUUGUCCGUUAGAUUGGAUGUUUUAUGUGACAUUUAAAGUCUUGUUUAUGUAAGAGAACCUCUUAUUUCCCAUUUUCA